GCUAGCUACCCCUCCCCAACAACACCUUCGCACAAACACAACCUCAACACCCUUUCACACUUACACAACUAUCAUUACAAUGGCUUCCAAUACCGUGACACCUGAGGUUCGCUGGGCCCAGCGCUCUUCUGCUACCGACCCCGAGAGCAACUUCAUCUACCUCACCAUUAGCGUUCCCGACGUCCCUACUGAAAACCUCAAGCUCGACCUCAAGCCCACUGGUCUCGUCUUCACCGGCCACUCCGACACCCUCAAGAAGACCUACCAUGUCGAGCUCGAGUUCUACGCCGAGAUUGACCCUGCUGCGAGCAAGAUCCACCACACUGCCCGUGAUGUCGAGAUGAAGCUUCGCAAGAAGGAGCUCGAUGCUUCCCACUGGCCCCGUCUCCUCAAGGAGCCUAAGAAGGUCCACUUCCUCAAGACCGACUUCGACAAGUGGGUUGAUGAGGACGAGCAGCACGAGGCCGCUGAGGACGACUUUAGCAACUUUGGCGGUAUGGGUGACUUCGGCGGUAUCGACUUCUCCAAGCUCGGCGGCGCUGGUAUGCCCGGCGGUGACGACGAUGAGGAGGACUCCGACGACGAUGACAUGCCUCCUCUCGAGGGCGAGGGUGAGGCUGGUAAGGUCGAGGAGGUCAAGGAGACUGUCGACACGUCAAAGGAGGCUGCGUAAAUACUCAAAAAGCAAUAGGCAUACCCAAGCCCCGGGGUGGGCUUUAAUGUUUAGAUCUGGGCAUUGGGAAUAACGACAGGAUUUACUUACACAUACCCUCUCAUUCCCCGAUGCUUCAGGGGCGGAAU